AAUACGCUUUUGUCUCCACCGGAAGGUACUGACUAAGUAAGUAUUUGCUUCUUUGCGAGUGUGGCGAUAAGGCGCGAUGGUCAAAGGACGACUCUUAUUUUGAUGUAGGUAAAUACAACAUGGCCAUCUUUGAGGGAAUGUCUACUAUUGAAAAGGAGGAACUUAUUGUCUCCCUUGCUGCUCUCCUUUGUGCUGAUGCUAAGGUUGAGGUGUCUAAGGAUAAUUUGGACGCUGUGAUCAAGGCCUCUGGAAACAAGAUUGCUCCUUACUGGACUGCUGUUUUCGGAGGUUGCUGCCCGGGAAUGGACAUUUUGGAUGUCCUUGCUGCCCCUGGUGCUGGAGCUGCUGCUGCCCCCGCUGCUGGAGCUGCUGCCCCUGCUGCUGAGGAGAAGAAGGAAGAGGCCAAGGAGGAAGAGGAAGAGGAAGAGGAAGAUAUUGAUAUGAGCGGAGGCGGUCUGUUCGGUGAUGAUGACGACGACUGGUAA